UUCCUGUCGCCGUCGCCGCCAUGAUCUGCGCAAUCUCCGGCGAGGUGCCGGAUGAGCCGGUGGUGUCGAAGAAGUCGGGCCUGCUCUUCGAGCGGAGGCUCGUCGAGCGCUACAUCGAGGACCAUGGGAAGUGCCCGGUCACAAAGGAGGAGCUCACCAUGGACGACAUCGUGCCGGUGAAGACCAACAAGGUUGUGAAGCCCAGACCUUUGCAGGCUGCAAGCAUUCCUGGACUCCUGGGGAUGUUCCAAAAUGAGUGGGAUGCUCUCAUGCUUUCUAGUUUUGCUUUGGAGCAGCAGCUUCAUACAGCUAGACAAGAACUUAGUCAUGCGCUAUAUCAGCAUGAUGCUGCCUGCCGUGUUAUAGCUAGAUUGAAGAAGGAAAGAGAUGAAGCGAGAGCACUUUUGGCUCAAGCUGAAAGACAAAUUCCUGCAUCAAUGGCAGGAGCUGCACCUACAGCUGUUGUCUCCAACGGGAAAAGAGCAUUUGAAGAUGAAAUUGGACCUGAUGGGAAGAAGAUUCGUCCUGGUAUCAACCCUGUGAUGAUUGAUGAACUAACAGAGUGCAAUACCAUGCUCUCUGCGCACCGUAAGAAACGCCAGGUUCCUCCAACUUUGGCAUCAAUUGAUGCAAUUGAGAAACAUACUCAGAUCUCCAGUCAUCCACUUCACAAGACAAACAAACCAGGCAUUUUGUCUAUGGAUAUUCAUCCUUCAAAGGACAUUAUUGCAACCGGUGGCAUCGAUACAAAUGCAGUGCUUUUUGACAGGCCAUCUGGUCAAAUUUUGUGCACACUUACUGGUCACUCAAAGAAGAUAACCAGUUUGAAAUUUGUUCCUCGGGAUGAGCUCUUUGUAACUGGAUCGGCAGAUAAGACUGUUCGAAUUUGGCAAGGAAGUGAGGAGGGAAACUACAAUUGCAUCCAUACAUUGAAAGAUCAUACUGCCGAGGUUGAAGCUGUUACAGUUCAUGCGACUCAGAAGUACUUUGUGACUGCUUCCAAGGAUAACACUUGGUGCUUCUAUGAUAUUUCAACAGGAUCGUGCCUCACACAGGUUGGUGAGGCUUCAGGAGAAGAGGGAUAUACAUCUGCAUCUUUCCACCCAGAUGGUCUUAUCCUGGGUACAGGGACCACUGAAGCUGUUGUCAAAAUUUGGGAUGUGAAGACACAGUCAAAUGUUGCAAAGUUUGAGGGGCAUGUUGGACCAGUAACUGCUAUGUCCUUCUCUGAAAAUGGUUACUUCCUAGCGACUGCUGCUCUUGAUGGCGUCAAACUUUGGGAUCUUCGGAAAUUAAGAAAUUUUAGGACCAUCUCUCCGUAUGACACGGACACACCGACAAAUUCUGUGGAAUUUGAUUUUAGUGGAAGCUAUCUAGCUGUUGGUGGUUCAGAUACAAGGGUUUACCAAGUAGCUAAUGUUAAGCUCGAGUGGAAUCUUGUCAAGACCUUACCUGAUUUAUCAGGCACAGGGAGAGUGACCAAUGUCAAGUUUGGCGCUGAUGCAAAGUACAUCGCCGUAGGUUCGAUGGACCGUAACCUACGGAUAUUCGGGCUUCCUGGAGAUGAUGACCAAAUGGGCGAGACGAUACCAUCGGAAGAGUGAUGAAACCCAUUGUACUUUCAUUUUCACCUGUGCGAACUGCUCCCUGCAGUGUGUUUUACCGGUGGCUGGGCUGGCUGAGCGUUUGGAGGCAUAUAUAAUGGGAGACAGAAGGUUCCUUCGCGGGAGCAGUCGUCUGGGCUUUGGUCGAUGUAAACAAAUUCGACAUUGUUAUUGUAUUUGUAGGCCUUACUAACUUCCUAAUGAGGAUACGAUUUGUUUUGGAGAUGAAUACAAUGCUUUAGUGCUCGACUUUGCAGACA